AUGCCUGCGUUCUUCGUCCCAUAUCUCUUCCGAUCGAGAAUGUUACCUUGGCCUCUGGCUAUAUCCGGCGUGGCGUCAAUCUCAAGGUUGGCGAGCCUGGACAAUCACUUUCCUUCAUGCCGAGAUGCUGAAGAAUGUGUCACAUAUCGCGGAGGGCUUUAUCUGCCCAAGAACUCAACCGUUGACGAAGACACAAGCAAGAUAUACGCACCUGUGGCGGAGUCUUGGGACAGAAGCACAUACCGCAUGUUCAACAGCACCUUAUCUUUGGGUAAUGAGCUCACCCUGAAGAGCUUUCCUAUGGCACAGCCAGUUGCUUCUGAGGACACCUGGGGUUUGUAUGGCUCCACUCCACAACACAUCAUCGGAGUGGGAACAGAGUCUACAGUUUUGAGUGCCCUACGAAACGCCGGUCGCAUUGCCUCGAGAUCCGUUGGCUACUACUGGGGCCUGGACUCAGUCGGCUCCAAAGACGACACUCCGGGGUCCCUAGUGUUUGGGGGUUACGACAGAGCCAAGACUUAUGGAGACGGCGACGAGAUGGACUUCACACUUGGGAUGGACAGCUGCCGGAGCAAGAUGAUGAUUUCAAUAAGCGGCCUUUCGCUUAACUUCCGCAACGGUACCGACCUGUCGCUAUUCGCUUCGAGCAACCAGGAGAAGCCGCUACGGGCAUGCAUAGCCCCUCAGAACCCAUAUAUCAUGAGCCUCAAUCAGGAACCAUACUUUGACAAUCUUCUGGAUGCCAUCGGAAGCAAGUUUAUCAACGCCAGCAAGAUGCAAGGAGUUGACUAUCAAAGCGCUAAGCUCGAUCCUGAAAUGCCAUGGUACGAUGGAGACUUCACUAUCAAGUUGAACACCGGCCUAUCCAUCACCAUCCCAAACAACCAGCUCAUUGUCCCGGAACGGAGGAUCAACGAGAACGGAGAGAUCUAUCGGAAUGACUCCCAGCCCCUCCUCAGAAUCAACAGGAUGCAGGAUGGACUCAUCUCCAUCGGCCGGUUCUUCUUCACCGCUGCCUAUCUCGCCACAAAUGAGGAUGCCGGAAAAUUCACGAUCUGGAAGGCCAACCCGACUACCCUCGAAGAUCUCGUGGCUCUGGACCCAAACAACAGACCCAUCGACAGCCAGGUCACCUGUACGGCGACCCCCGUCAACACGGUUUUGGCCAAGCCAGACCAAGGUGAUGGCAAAGAGCAGAACAACGAAGACGAGGAGAAUGGCCAGAACGAAAAGGACAAGGUCAGUGAAACGACAGCAGCUCCGGCAGCAACUUCGACAACAGCUUCGACAGCAACUUCGACACCCAAGCCAGACACAGGUCUUCCGAUAGAGGCUAAAGCCGGCAUCGCCGCUGGCGCCGGAGCUGCAGGACUCAUAUGCAUCGGUCUCUUGGCCUGGUUGAUCAUAAGACGAAAGCGAAGAGCGAUGGGAGAGUCGGACGCAAUGAGCCUGGCGUCGGUACAGACAGGCUGGUCUAGAUCUGACGAUAUGAAGCUGGCUUAUCCGAGCCAGGCAUACCCAAGUCAGGCAUAUCCUCACUUCAUCCCACAAGAGCUGGGAACUUACAAUGAGCGCCGAACCCCGGCCGAGAUGCCUUGA